AUGGUCGAUACGUGGCCAAGCGGGACAAAAUGUUUUAUCCGCGAAGACAUCAAGGAUGAACCAUGGUCGCCAAAUUAUCGAAAGACAAGGGAACCUGAUUCACAAAGCGCGGAGGUGCCACCUGAUCGCCCGAGUUUGACGAAAGUCGAUCGUGAAAAGACCCACCCGCUUGCUGUCAAUUCAAAUGCUUGA